AUGGGGCUGACCGAGACGAGACGACAUCACCCUCUCAACGCCGUAUAUGAAACUGGAGAAGAACUGUUCUUAAGAACAUGCGACAGUAGAGAGACCGAAGUCUCAGAACUAUCAUUAACUGGGAUCUCUUACGACAGGCUCGUUGAACGCCAUCACGACUGCACGAGGAAAGCUGAGAGUUUUAAAACCACCAAGAGACACCUGUCUGCCGAAACUCUUGAGCUUAUACGCCUGCGUGGAGCAGCACGAACCGCAGGGAAUCAAGAACUCACGCCCGAACACGCAAAGCUUUCCAGAGAGGAAAUAAAGGAACACCUUAAAGAGAGAAGUGCAGAAUCGUUCGCUGAAGUUGCAGAGGCUGGAAAAAGCAUCCGCUAUGCCCGUCGAGACUUCGCCAUUCGCAAGACGAGGAUGACUUCUUUCCGGAACCCGAAGGGAACAACCAUUGCAUCGAGAAGGGGAGUGGAGAAAAUCAUCUACGACUUCUACUCUGAUCUCUUCGACAGCCAUGUCCACUUGCCUCCUCACCAUCUGAGGGAAGACGGACAUAUCAUUCCAGAACUCUUUACAAGAGUGACCCUUAGUAGGACUGAAAAAGUCCUGGACUGA